UUUUGAAAACCCAGAGAGGGUGUGAAGGUGAUAAAGCCUCCCUCUUUUUCCCCCUCUUCUUUGUGCAUUUCCCAUAGGACUUGUUUCUUCUACUCCACAGUCUGGCCUCCCUCCAGCCAGGCCUAAGGUUGUUUCCUGAGCAUUGGCCUCUUACUGGAGUUUGUAUGUAAUAAGGAAGUUGUCUAUCGAAACUGUUUUUUCCAGGGUAGCUGAGCUAAUGCUCCAAUCACUAGAGGAGCGGGAAGCAACCUUGGCCAAGGAGGAGAUGGCCGGCCCCUGAGAUUGGCUGCCCAUGAGCUCAGCUCUCGGGAAAUGAGCAUAUAUAUAUACAGCUAAAUGACAAGGUUUCUAGGACUUGGCUCCAACAAUAGCAGCAUCUUUUCUAAGGAUAGCAGGACCUGGUAUUCCUCACUGGACAUAUUUCCCACCCACUGGGCAUAGAGCCCAGCUACCGUGGGUCACCCAGCACAGAGCCAUCUGGUCCAGAAGUCUCUAGAAGGAUGUCCAUGAAGAUGAGUGACUUUCACGGCCUGAGUGCAAUGGAGCUUCCACAGGGGCCAAGGAAGCCACCAUCGGUGAAGAGAACCAAGUCUUUGGACAGGUCUCAGAACCCCAAGAUGGACCCAGAGUCACAGAACAGCCCAUGGAUUUCCCUACCUGUCACCUCUUCCUCUAGAAACAACGGGGUCCAUGGUUCUGAGACCCCAGCUGGGUCUGCAGAGGCUCAGGACAGUAUGGCUGCUGUCCUGGGUGUGGAGGAUGCCAAGAAGGACAAGGCCCAGAAGCAGGGGUGGCUGAAGACCUUUGUGAACUUCAUCCUGAAGUCAGGCCCUGAGGAACCCAAAGAGAAGGCCAGCAAGAAGGCAAAGGUGAAGGAAGGCCUCCCCCAGCCUACAGAAACUCCCGAGGCUCCCGCACAGCAAACCCCCAAGAAGAAAGCCCAGGAUAAGAAGAUCAGCCGCAAGAAACACAGUCACAAGAAGCACUCUGUUGAGGAAACUAAGGAAGCCCAAGAUCAGGAGGCAGAAGGCCAAGAGGCAAGGCUACCCCAGACAUCUGCUGCUUCCCAUGGCAAGGAGGCCAACAUGGGCCCAGCUUGCAGGGAGGAUUUCAUUGUCCAGGCAAUAGUGAAACAUUUCAUCGAACUGGCAGACUUGAGAGAAAAAGAGAAUGGACCAGGAGCUGCAGGUGCUGCAAGCCUGAUCCCCCAACCUGAAGUCCAAGAGACCUUGACCAUAGAGAGUGGGGAACUCCAUCCCUCUGAGCUUUGCUCUGGAGUAAGGAGCCUGGAACAUGAGGAGGAUUUGCCCCUGGACAAAGCCCUGGAGUCUGAGGAUCCUCUCAUCAAGAUGAUAGUGGAUUAUAUAAAAAGUUCAGGAAGCCUGUAUGACAAAGAGCAAGUUCUUGUUCCACAGCCAGCUGCCAAGAAGAAACCCCAUGAGAAAAAGACAAGUCUCAAGAGAGCCUUUUCUUAUAAGAAGCAUAAUGCUGAGGAGCCCAAGAGAUCAGGGGCUGCUGGUGCUGCCAGCCUGGAGUCUCGAUCCCUCAAGAAGCACAGUUACCUGCCUACGUGUGUGUGGGGCCAUCAGGCCUCUGUCUCCAGCACCUCUGAUUUGGAAGAACCCGAAGUCCAAGAGACCCUGACUACAGAUGGUGGAGGACUGCAUCCCUCUGAGCUUUGCCCUGGAGCAGGGAGUCAGGAUCAUAAGGAGAACUUGACCCUGGACAAGUCUGAGGAUGCUGUUAUCCAGAAGAUAGUGGAAAUACUCAUAAAAAUUGGAGAUGACUAUGAAAAAGAGCAAGCUCCUGUCUCUCAGCCUGAAGUAAUACCACAAAACCCAGCACCAGCCACCAAAAAGAAACCCUCUGAGAAAAAGACAACCCUCAAGAAAGGCUUUUCUCAUAAGAAGCAUGGUGCUGAGGAGCCUAAGAAAGCAGGGGCUGCCGAUGCCAUCAGCCUGGAGGCCCGGCUACCCAGGAGACCCAGUUACCUGCCCCUAUGUGUGGGGGGUCAUCGAGCCUCUGUCUCCAGCACUUCUGAUCUGGAGGACACUGUGUUCCAGGCGUCCUUGCCCACCAAAGGGGGAAGAGUCGGAUCUUCCCUAGCCAGAUGCCAAAAACCAGAAGAGGGAACAUGUCAACCUGUGGGCCAGACCAUUCAGAAGCUGCAUGACCUUUUCCAAGAAGUGCGUGAGGAGUUGGGGGAGCAGAUCAAGCAACACCCCAGCCACAAGAGGUAUUUUCGAGAGAUCUUAGAUUCCUAUCAUCAAAAGCUGGUGGCCAUCCUGCACAGCCAGGAGACCCGCUCCACUGUCUCAGGAAGGAUUCCAGGGAAAGCUGGCCAAUUCCUUAACUUGCCUGACAACUUUGCUGGUAAUAACAGUCACAAUGUCAUCAGCCUCAUGGACUUUGCUGGACAGUAUGGUCGAAGACACAGUUGCAGCCAGUUCUCAUACAAAGAAGACCAACAGAAAAUCACAAGUCCUGAUAUCCAAAGUCCAGACUGAAAGCUGUACCUUUGACUCAAGUUCCCUUAAACUAGACAAUUGCCAGCUUUAGACAAGAAAUUCUGAAGAUGCUUCCUGAUGUUUCAAUCCAGUGUUUCACAGAUACAACUAAACAUGAGACUAGACCGCCAUUUUGUGUGCACCACUGUAGGCUUGCUGAGUCUGGAGAAUCCACAGGCAUUUUUCCGUAGAAUGGAAGACAGAGGCCACAUUGGGGAAAAAACAAACAAACAAAAAAAAACACUGGACUGGAAGUUAAGAGGACAGGGCUCCACCUGCUGACCUACCUGAAACUUGUCGACUCUCCAAACCUCAGUUAGAUUCUGAACUGGAUUGGUAACCUGUUAGAUCCCUUCUGGCUCUGUCAUGCUGAAAUCUCUCUGUAGACACUGUAUGAGCACUUUUGCUGCUUUGAGCUGGAGGCAAGCUUUGAGUCUUUCCCAAGAGAAUGAAUGGAUGGAUUAAGGGGAGAACUCCUGAGACCCAGUCAUUCACAGGGUCCUCAGCUGGAAUUGUGCAAUCAGUGAUUCUGUUUGUAAAUUCAGUACUAGGGAGGAAAUGGGGGAGCAAACUCCACAGACAUUAGUUCAAAAUACUGGGCCCAGAGUACUUUGCGUUCUGGAUUCAUCACAGGUGAAUCCUAUAUGUCCAUCAGUGACCCUCCUGGUUUUCACUUUCUUUCUGAAGAGUAUUACAUUUCUGAUCUUAUUUAUUUAUAUUAUUUUUAUCCAUGGCACCUGAAAAUAUGCCCACUACCAUGUAGAAGGCCUUCUGACAUCUUUCAGAUAUUAAUUUUGAAUGAAAUUUAGUUUUGAAACUAAAUGUUUGCGUUAGCUCAACCUAGAAUAUCCACCUGCAUUUAAACAGACGAGUGUCCAUGUGCAAUAUACAAUAUAUUAAAAUUACCAACAGUGCUUAAUACCCAUGUGGAUUUGUAGGUACAUGCCCAGAACUCUGGAGACCCCAGAUGUGGGAGACUUAUAUAAUGUGGGGUCCCUGGUCUCUCAGAAUCCUUUCAACACUGUGUCCUAUGAUUCUAUGAUCAGAGGAAUAAAGCUGAUGCUUUGUACCUCUGCCAUCUUGUAGGGAGUUUUCAAGAGUUCGACAAAAUAGGUAUAAAGAGUUCUGAAAAUGCAUAGCACCACAUGUACGUUAUGGAUGCAUGCAAGUUGUGUCAGAGCUAUAGUUUGGAGAGGUUUCAGGAAUUAAGAAGAGCUUUAGGCUGUAUCACCAUGAAUGGUUUUGUGGGAGUGCACUGCUCAAGGACACGAUUAUGCAAGAAGGGCUAGUCACUUCCCACACUUUAUGGGUUUGUAGAUUGAUGGCAGCAGCUUUCCAGCUGAUGGCAGUAAAGCAUCUUGAGAAAGGAGUCCCCUUUUGGUUUUGCUCCCAGGUGAGCUGGUGACUGCUAGAGGUUUUGCCUUCUACACAGCUGGACAUUUACAACAACUUGACUCAAAUGGACAAUCUGUCCCAUGGUCAUUAUCUGUGUAUCUAUGUGCUUGCCACAUAAGUGUAGAAACAGACAUCUGGGCCAAGUGGCCACAAGGAAAGGAUGUUAAAAUCGGGAGGAGAAUUUAGUCUUGUUACUCCCCCCUGUGGGUACUGCAUUGCUGUGUUUAACCUGUGGUGAGCACCCUGGGCUGGGUGGGGAGGUGAAGAUACAAGCAGAGAAGCCCUGCAUGUGUGGACGAGACUGGUCUCAAAUUUGAGGCAAAAUUAGGGUGUUCAGCUAUGCAUAUUUUGCAAGCCAUUUUGUUUUAUUGUUGCUUCUAAGUGUUGAGGGAGAAUUGAUUUAUUUAUGAAUUUAUUUGAGGUCGUGUUCACAGGGCCACACUCUGAAGAGUCAAAGCUGGCUUUGUAAUGAAGGUCAGGCACCUUCUGUACAGUUUCUCACUUACAGUGAAAUUCUUACAAUGUGUGCAUGUUUGGUAUGAGUUUAUGAUGCUGGCAUCUGAGUCUCACUUUUGUACUGUGUUUAUGUGACAAAUAAAGAAGCUGAUUUGCAUAAA